AUGGCACAGCCCGUAUUUGAGGAGCAUCCUUUGGAGAACUACCUUCGCCAGUCCGGUGAAGGCGUCGAGGCUAUGCCUGGCGGCAUGUCUGAUAUACAAGUUCACGACGAAGUCACUCUUGAUGACGGCGACGAUCCGGGAGAGGACAUCAUGUACAUGUUACCCCCGCAAGUCGUCCAAUGCUUGGAGCUUGUACAGACCCUUCUCUCGUCCAGAAAGCUCGCAGCAUCAGGACGCGAGUUUGCAGAGCGUUUCAAAUAUCUAGUCAUAUCCUCUUCCCUCCUCUCUUCGUCCUUGUCAUCACCACCGUCUUCCAGACGACGUUCUUUUGAGCCACAAAUACCCGGAGAAAUAAUCAGUCUCAACGACCCAGACUCGGAUCGUCGACUCUACGACUCCGAGCCAUCUAAUGAGGGCCUCAGACCGUCAAGAAGUGGACAUUCCCCAUCGCAACCCUCUCCCCCCUCUCCGGAAUCGUAUCUCUCCGCGAUCCUGCUCUGUCUCUCUACGUUAUCUCUAUUUUCGGGAUCUUUUCUUCUCGCUAUCUUGUUUGCAACUACAUUAUAUUAUUUUCGCACCCAGAACCUGGACAUGGCGCAUAAGCCUGACCAAAUGACGCCUACCCUGAACACGUUAGAUGAGCUGACUGCUGCUAGUCAUGUUUGGGACUCAGCAGUCCAUGAAGCCAUCUCAGUGUUAGAAAAGGACGAGCGAAGCGUAUUUUAUGGUCCCACCAGUCCAUCGUCUCCCUCUGCGUCCAUCCGUGUCGCUCUCCAUUCCUCCCUCCAUACAACGCAGACGCAGAGUGACAAUGUUCGUCAACUCCUCGCUGCACUGACCUCCCCAGUCGAGUUCUCUCAACUCUCCGAGAUGUAUGCGCCGCCUUCGCCUAUCAAGGCUGCCCUCACCCUCAACACGAACGAUCGGCCUCUAUCUUUCCCUCCGAGGCAGCGAACUAUCUCCGCGCCUUCGGACAAGCGAAUGACAUGGAAUGGCUCUUACGCAGCCCUUGCUUCGCAUGGCAGUCCGACCAAACAGGUGUUGAGAAAAAGAGAAAACAGAAGGUCUGAUUUGUCGGCCUUGUUGAACCCGUCAGGAUCCCACACGUCGAGCAUGAGUGCCCCGACAAGCCCAAAUACCCUUGAGGGUGUUCAGGAAGAGGAUGGCUUCCGUGACUACGAUGAAGAGUCUCCCGUUCCUCCGGAAGAGCGAGGCGAAUUUGGCAUGACUGCCUUGGGCAUCCAACGGCGGCGGCGGAGAGCAGGGCGCCAGAGCCUCGGCCUUCUUCCUUCACCGAGCCAUACUGCCCCUCCGACACUCCGUGUAACAUCCAACACGCCGUCGAUUUCAUCAUCCACGCGCUUCACAACCAUGCAGAAGACACGACAUCCGCUCUCGCUUUCCGCGCUCCAUCACGCUCUGCAGGGCGCGCUCGCGUCGAAACGUUACGCGGCCUCGCACCUCCUCGCGCUUCGCUUUGACGAGCAGGAUGAUGACUCAUAUUGGGAUGACGUGCGCGCCGUGAUGGCCCUUCUGACCAGCACGUUGGCCGAUGCGUCCGCGCGCCUGAUCGAGGCACUCGACUUGGCCGAGCAACAGCGUCUGCGGGACGAGAACCCCAGCCCGCUGCUGGGCGAGACUUCAGAGCCGAAUUCUCCGACCGCGUUAUCACCGCCGCGGCUGCGCAACAGGAUGUCGCGCAUCGAGACCGCGCGCUCGUUCGCGCCUAUGCCGAGCCAGUUAUCGCGAUUCGCGAUCCACGUAGACGCGAUCUCGGAGGCGCUGCACGACGCACACGGGUAUCUGGAGCAUUGCGUUGCCGCUUUACGAGAAGGAAGAGGAACUUCGUUGUUGGACGGCGAUAUAUUCCAGGGAGCGCCGCUCGCUCAUCCGGAGUCGCUGCAAGAUUCUCCCGUACUAAAAGCUUACGAGCGGCUGAGGCGUGAGCUCGGGAUCGCGCUCAGGGAGUGUGAGCGGGGGCGGGAAAAGCUGCUCGACAUCGUCUCGCCCCCAAGGGUACCCGAGGACGGCGACGGGCCCGAGGACGUCGACGGGGAGGAAGAGGACGUACCGCUUCUCGGGCCCGAUGGCGGGAGCGAUGACUCGGAUAAGACGGAUUCGCUCAGGGUGUCUCAUCACAGGAUGAACCCAUCACUCGAUGCUGUCAUAGUGCACAGGGGCGGGCUCACGCAGGACGACGCGACGAUGCAUCUCUUGCUGUCGGCAUCGACGGAGCAGCUCCCGCCGCCGGGCAUUGAGCAGGUAUUCGAGGCGGACACUGGCCUCUCGCCGUCCUUCACGCGCGAGCGGUCGAAGCUGACGCGUGAGGAGCGGAUCCGGAUCGCAAAAGCCCGCCGUGAGCGCAGCAGUCUCGGGAGCAGCAACACUAGCGGAGGCGGAGCGGGGCUCGGGAUCGGAUCCUCGUCGGACGAGGAAGGGCGAGACAGGCCCUCGUCGGACUUGGAGCUGCGGCGGGAGCGCUGGGGCCCCGGUGGGGACGUCGUGCAGGAGUUGAAGGAUGUGAUCUGGAAAGUAGGGGAGAAGCGCCGGCGGAUGACAGAGUCACGAUCGGGAGGCGGCGCGGAGACGGCGCAAAUGGUGUUCGCCGCGCCUGCACCGCCUGUCGUGGAGCAGCCGGAGGAAACAAAUGAGAAUCUGGCAUCAUGACGACCGAGGCGAGGCGACCCGCUUCGUCGGCCCCUCCGCCUGCGUCACGACCUCGAGCAGCGCGCGUUUCGCUCGCAUGACACCUCUUCGACACCUCCCUCCCUCCUUCUCGUAGAUUGUGCCCAACUUUCUGUCGCGGCAUCUGCGUCAUACGUACCGUACAUAACCACUAUAUCGCACUGAUAUACUGCAGGUGCAGGGUUCUUCCGCUCGUUAGAAUAUCGCACAUUGUACCUAUGCUCAUUGUUUACUCUUUGUUCGAUCUGAAUCCAGCGGGCAUGGUUGUGGAAUAAUUGGCAUUCGGUAUGACACCC